GAGCGCCGCCCCGGAGGAAGGGGAGGAGGCCGGGUGUUUCCUGGUGCAUUCCCGACCCGCCCGAGUGACUCACUGGGGUAGGAAAGCUCCCGGGCCGCCCUGGACAACCGAAGGCGGCUCAGACCAGGAUGGCUGCCCAAGUGACACUAGAGGACGCACUGUCCAAUGUGGACCUCCUGGAAGAGCUGCCUCUUCCUGACCAGCAGCCCUGCAUUGAGCCCCCACCUUCCUCGCUGCUCUAUCAGCCAAAUUUCAACACCAACUUUGAAGACCGAAAUGCGUUUGUCACUGGCAUUGCAAGAUACAUUGAACAAGCAACUGUCCACUCUAGCAUGAACGAGAUGCUAGAGGAAGGCCAAGAGUAUGCUGUCAUGCUGUAUACCUGGAGGAGCUGCUCCCGUGCCAUCCCUCAGGUGAAGUGCAACGAGCAGCCUAAUAGGGUUGAAAUUUAUGAGAAAACUGUGGAAGUCCUUGAACCCGAGGUCACAAAACUGAUGAAUUUUAUGUACUUCCAGAGAAAUGCCAUCGAGCGUUUCUGUGGGGAGGUGAGACGCCUGUGUCAUGCUGAGAGGAGAAAGGACUUCGUGUCUGAAGCCUACUUGAUCACCUUGGGCAAGUUUAUCAACAUGUUUGCUGUGUUGGAUGAGCUGAAGAACAUGAAGUGCAGUGUGAAGAAUGACCACUCGGCGUAUAAGAGGGCUGCUCAGUUUUUACGUAAAAUGGCAGAUCCACAAUCCAUCCAGGAGUCACAGAAUUUGUCCAUGUUCCUGGCCAACCACAACAAGAUUACACAAUCUCUGCAGCAACAGCUUGAGGUCAUUUCUGGCUAUGAAGAACUCCUGGCAGACAUCGUGAAUCUGUGUGUGGAUUACUAUGAGAACAGAAUGUACUUGACGCCCAGCGAAAAACACAUGCUUCUCAAAGUCAUGGGAUUUGGUCUGUAUUUGAUGGAUGGGAGUGUGAGUAACAUCUACAAACUAGAUGCCAAGAAAAGAAUAAAUUUAUCCAAAAUAGACAAGUAUUUCAAGCAGCUGCAGGUGGUUCCACUCUUUGGAGAUAUGCAGAUAGAACUGGCAAGAUACAUCAAGACCAGCGCACACUACGAGGAGAAUAAGUCCCGGUGGACCUGCACGUCCUCGAGCAGCAGCCCACAGUACAACAUCUGUGAGCAGAUGAUCCAGAUCCGUGAGGACCACAUGCGUUUCAUCUCUGAGCUCGCACGCUACAGCAAUAGCGAGGUAGUCACAGGGUCUGGCCGGCAGGAGGCCCAGAAGACAGAUGCUGAGUACCGGAAGCUCUUUGACCUGGCACUGCAGGGCCUGCAGCUUCUGUCGCAGUGGAGCGCACAUGUGAUGGAAGUGUAUUCCUGGAAACUUGUACAUCCAACAGACAAGUACUCCAACAAGGACUGCCCAGACAACGCUGAGGAGUAUGAACGUGCCACGCGUUACAACUACACCACUGAGGAGAAGUUUGCCCUGGUGGAGGUGAUUGCCAUGAUCAAAGGCCUGCAGGUGCUGAUGGGCAGGAUGGAGAGUGUGUUCAAUCACGCCAUCAGACACACAGUUUAUGCUGCACUUCAGGACUUCUCCCAGGUGACCCUCAGGGAACCACUGCGACAGGCCAUCAAGAAGAAAAAGAAUGUCAUCCAGAGUGUCCUACAGGCCAUCAGGAAGACUGUGUGUGACUGGGAGACUGGGCAUGAACCCUUUAACGACCCAGCUCUGCGGGGAGAGAAGGACCCUAAGAGCGGCUUUGACAUCAAGGUGCCACGCCGUGCUGUGGGACCCUCCAGCACACAGCUUUACAUGGUGAGAACUAUGCUAGAGUCCCUCAUUGCAGACAAAAGUGGUUCCAAGAAAACCUUGAGAAGUAGCCUUGAGGGGCCCACCAUAUUGGACAUAGAAAAAUUUCAUCGAGAAUCAUUCUUCUACACUCACUUGAUAAAUUUCAGUGAAACACUGCAGCAGUGCUGUGACCUUUCCCAGCUGUGGUUCCGAGAGUUCUUCCUGGAGCUGACCAUGGGCAGGAGGAUCCAGUUCCCCAUCGAGAUGUCUAUGCCCUGGAUUCUGACUGACCACAUCCUAGAGACCAAGGAGGCAUCAAUGAUGGAGUACGUCCUCUACUCCUUGGACCUGUACAAUGACAGUGCUCACUAUGCGCUCACCAAGUUCAAUAAGCAGUUUCUCUAUGAUGAAAUUGAAGCAGAGGUGAAUCUGUGUUUUGACCAAUUUGUUUAUAAACUGGCAGACCAGAUAUUUGCAUAUUACAAGGUUAUGGCAGGAAGUUUGCUUCUUGACAAACGGUUACGAUCAGAGUGCAAAAAUCAGGGAGCCACGAUCCACCUCCCACCGUCUAACCGCUAUGAGACGUUGCUGAAGCAAAGGCACGUGCAGCUGCUCGGGAGAUCCAUCGAUCUCAAUCGUCUGAUUACACAGCGUGUUUCAGCAGCCAUGUACAAAUCUCUAGAACUGGCAAUUGGACGAUUUGAAAGUGAAGAUUUAACAUCAGUAGUCGAGCUAGAUGGGCUCUUAGAAAUCAACCGUAUGACGCACAAGCUGCUGAGCAGGUACCUCACACUAGACAGCUUUGAUGCCAUGUUCCGGGAAGCCAACCACAACGUGUCUGCACCUUAUGGAAGAAUCACCCUCCAUGUCUUCUGGGAGCUAAACUAUGACUUCUUGCCCAACUACUGCUAUAAUGGCUCCACCAACCGGUUUGUUCGGACAGUAUUACCAUUUUCUCAGGAAUUUCAACGAGACAAACAACCUAAUGCACAGCCCCAAUAUUUGCACGGCUCCAAGGCUUUGAACCUAGCCUACUCAAGCAUUUAUGGCAGCUACCGGAACUUUGUGGGGCCUCCUCACUUCCAGGUCAUCUGCCGGCUGCUUGGCUACCAGGGCAUUGCAGUCGUCAUGGAAGAACUGCUGAAGGUUGUCAAGAGCCUGCUUCAAGGCACAAUCCUGCAGUAUGUGAAAACUCUGAUGGAAGUGAUGCCUAAGAUCUGCCGCCUUCCCCGACAUGAGUACGGCUCUCCUGGCAUCCUAGAGUUCUUCCACCACCAGCUGAAGGACAUUGUGGAGUAUGCAGAGCUGAAAACAGUAUGCUUCCAGAACCUGCGGGAGGUGGGAAAUGCUGUUCUCUUCUGCCUGCUCAUUGAGCAAAGCCUGUCUUUAGAAGAAGUCUGUGACCUGUUGCAUGCAGCUCCUUUCCAGAAUAUCCUGCCUCGAGUCCACGUAAAAGAGGGGGAGAGAGUUGAUGCCAAAAUGAAAAGACUAGAAUCCAAGUAUGCUCCACUGCAUCUUGUUCCGCUGAUUGAAAGGCUGGGGACCCCACAGCAAAUUGCAAUCGCAAGAGAGGGGGACUUGCUGACCAAGGAGCGGCUCUGUUGUGGUCUGUCCAUGUUUGAAGUCAUCCUCACACGGAUCCGGACCUUUCUGGAUGAUCCCAUCUGGCGUGGGCCCCUGCCCAGCAAUGGGGUCAUGCAUGUGGAUGAGUGUGUGGAGUUUCACAGACUAUGGAGUGCCAUGCAGUUUGUUUACUGCAUUCCUGUAGGGACACACGAGUUUACAGUGGAGCAGUGUUUUGGCGAUGGGCUCCACUGGGCUGGCUGCAUGAUCAUUGUACUUCUGGGACAGCAGCGGCGCUUUGCUGUGUUGGAUUUCUGCUAUCAUCUUCUCAAAGUUCAGAAACAUGAUGGCAAGGAUGAGAUCAUCAAAAAUGUGCCAUUAAAGAAGAUGGUGGAGAGGAUUCGCAAGUUCCAGAUUCUCAAUGAUGAGAUCAUCACUAUCCUGGACAAGUACUUGAAAUCUGGAGAUGGGGAGAGCACACCUGUGGAACACGUACGCUGCUUCCAGCCACCCAUCCACCAGUCCCUAGCCAGCAGCUGAGGGCUAAGCUCAUCGCAUCCCAGUAACUGAUGGCAUGUUUGUCUUUAUGUAAACUAUACUGAAAUUUUUAGGGGCUAUUUUCCAUUAUGUCUAAACCUAAUUAAGGGGAUACUUUUUGAUCUGAAAGCUUAACUUUAUAAAACUUACAUAUUUUUCUAUACUAAAAUUGUAUAUGCUUUUGGAAUUGGGAAGUCUGAGAAUAUGGUUACUAGUUGUUGCCAUUAUGGUCUUAACAAAUAUUUUCAUGCUAAAUAUUCCAGUAGCUAGUUAUAAAAUGCGAAAUUCACUCAUUAUCCUAUAAGAGCAUAAUACCAACUAAUUGUAUUUAAAAAAAAAAAAAACCCUGCCAAUUACUUUAAAUUUAAUGAGUAGCUUUGUUUAGGGAUUUUUCUGAUGGCCUUUUAGGAAAUCUUUUCUAAGUCAUUGUUCCCUUUUAUGCCAAGAUAGUGAAAUUGUUUCCCCUGUUCAAGUAAAUCAAACAGUGAGUCUGAUUCGUGAGAUAUGACUUAACAAUUAGAGAAAUAAAAAUCAAUGGAAUCUA